CACAUAAAUUAUCAGUGUGUAUAUCCCGAAACAGCAAGACAUUUAACGAGUUCCAGUCCCGAACACCCUGUUUUCCUGCGCGUUUUCAUUUAAAGAUGGCCGAUGUGGCUGCUGAGGCGGUUUCCCUGGAGCUUGAAAGCCCUUCUUCCAGCUCACAGGGUUCGCCGGAGUCCGCAGCAAAUGGCGCAGCUAGGGCCGCCUCGCCCCGCGCGCAAUCGGAUGCCAGUGGAGCUGUUAUGAAGAGCAAGAAGGGCAAGGCACAGGACCCUUCUUUGGAUUUUGUCAACGUGCUGAGCAAUCGCAUCGAUGAAAUCGAGCGUGCGGCCGCGGGGAACGGCGGGCCGGCGGAGCGGGAGGCGGCCAAGUCGCGGAAGAAGCAACUGCGCGAGGUCAUCAAGUUCUGCAGCGACCGCGCGAACAGCCCCGAGGACCGCAUUAACUUCAUCCAGCAGAAAUACACGCAGCAGCUGUCCGAGCUGCUGCGCAUGGAGCGGCAGCUGCUGGACCUGCAGCGGGAGCACGAGGUGGUCAGCAAGGAGAAGGACAAGGUCCAGGCAGAGCUCAAGAAGACCAACCUGCUCAAGGACAAACUGGAGGAGCUGUGCAGGCAGCUGCAGAAGGAGGCGCGUGAGGUGGCGGAGGAGAGCCGGCGGCGCAAUGAGGAGGACCUCAAGCAGCGCCAGGCGCUACAGGCCAAAUUCACCGCCGCCAUCAACGAGGUGAGCGAGAAGAUGGACGCGCAGGCGUCGGAGCGGUCGCGGCAGCUGGCUGAGAACGAGGAGCUGCGCGGCAAGCUGGACAGCUUCCUGGGGCAGUUCGAGAGCUUCAACGCCAUGGUCCAGAAGAAGGACCUGGAGCUGCAGCUGGCGCAGGCGCGGGCGGAGCAGGCCACGGCGCUGGCGGCGCAGCUGCAGCAGCGGGCGGAGCUGCUACAGGAGGCGAACAGCAAGUACGCGUCCACAAUAGAGGCCAUUAAGCCGCAGCUGUCUGACCUGGAGGGUCUGCGGCAGCGCAACGCCGUGCUGACCACCGCCAAGGACGAGCUGACGGCGCAGCUGGAGCACUACGCGGACAAGUUCGCAGAGUUCCAGGAAACGCUCACAAAGAGCAACGAGACGUUUGCCAUGCUGCGCGAGCAGCUGGAGGCGGGCACCAAGGCGCGCACCGCCAUCGUCAAGGAGCGGGACGAGGCGCGGCGGCGGGCGGAGGGGCAGGACCAGACCAUCGUCAAGCUGGUGCAGGACCGGCUGCAGCUCAAGCAGCAGGUGGAGGGCAUGACGGCGAAGGCGCGGACCGAGUCGGACGAGCUGCGGCGGGUGCGUACCCAGAAGGAGCGCCUGGAGGGGCUCUGCCGCACGCUACAGGCAGAGCUCAAAGCGUUCAAAGCGGGCGGAAGCGCGGCACCGGCGCCGGCGGACGCGGGUGCACAGGAGGGCGGGUCGUCGCCAGCGGCGGCGGAGGGCGCGGGGAGCGCGGCGGCGGCAAGCGGGGACGCAGCAGGGCCAAAGGCGCCUGCGGGAGCAGAGGACGCGGCUGGUAGCGGAGCCGGAGGCUCGGCUGCGGCGGCGGCGGAGAGCAGCGUGGUCGCGGCAAAGGAAGGCGGGACUGAGCGCGCGGUAGAUGAAGCCCCAAAGGCAGACGUCGUCUCCGCACUGCCUAGUGACUUGUACUGAAGCCGCAAGUGCCAGGGCAGGCAGGUGUCUUUAUCAUACAUAGCUACAGCUAGUUAGGCUAGGCGCUGGUACAGGUUCAUGCGAAUAGAUUGCUAGCUAGCAUGGCGUCGUGGUGUCGCCCACCUUGCGCAUAGGGACGGUCCUAUUAAUGGCGUGUUUUUGGCCAUGCUGAGUGCUGGACACAUGGCGGGCGGUGCCUGUACAAACCGCCCCCAGUUAAGUCUGGGAGGUGAGGUGGUUUCGGAGCCUGCGGCCUCAGACAUUGUACCAACAUGGCAUUGGUGCAACGUGUCGAUUGGCGGCGAGUGACGUGACUAGUUUGUUAGCUGCGGGUUAGCACGGACUGUGCACCCCACCCAACCGGCCACGUCCGGAUUUGCGGGGAUGCCAAAGGCCCCCAACAUAGAGGCGUGUGCUUAGUAGGCGCCCGCGUCAAGGUGGCUGGGUUGAAAACGACCUGGGAGGGGAGGGCUCAGCCCUUUUCCUGCCUCCCUAAGGCAGCCACCUCCUUGUUGGCCAUGCUAGUGGGGCUGUGCCUGUGCAAGGGCGGCGCAGCAGCUAGCAUUAUAGCAUAGAGCUAUGCAGGAUGGUGCCGACGUAUGAGGGCCAGGGAUUGUUGGCGGAACGGGUCACAGUUCGCUGCGUUACAAGAGUUGCAGGCGGGGCCUUUGACAGGACUUGCAAGGGAACACGCACCCUGGCGGCAAACCUUCAUCAUUUUCGCGAUGUGUGAGCCUGAUGUAACCUGUUUAGAGGUGGAUUUCUUGUUUCUGUUUCUGGGCCAGGCCUGUGCACACGCACGCAGCGAAGCCGUGGAGUGGACGACGGCGGAAGAACAUGGCCAGCGGACCAUGGGUGCGAAGGUGGCACGCAUGCUGUGCCUGUUGCUGGGUGGCGU